GGAACUUUGCUAUCGGAUAAAACAGAACAGCAGAAAGUUCACAGCUCGUCAAACUCUCAGAAUGAAUGGUACAGCGUAUUCCAACUUUGACAACCAAGAACAUGUCUUGAAAUUAGGAGAGACGUUUGAGAAACACCCCAAAAGCGGCUACCACACAGUGCGAUAUGACUUCAAACCAGCCUCCAUUGAUACAACGUGUGAAGGGGAGCUUGAAGUGGGCAAAGGAGAGCAAGUCACUAUUACUUUACCCAAUUUAGAGGGUUCAAGUGCUCCAGUAACAGUUUUCAAGGGAUCCAAGAGGCCGUACAUGAAAGAGUGCAUCCUUAUUGUGAACCAUGACACAGGAGAGUACAGACUAGAGAAACUCAACAGCAACAUAGCUGUGAAGAAGACCAGGGCUGAGGGCAGCAGUAAGAUCCAUUCUCGCCUGGAGCAGCAGACCAGUCGCCUGGGCCAGCAGAUGAAGAGUAACAACAACAGCAGCAGCAGUAACAGAACCUCAACCAGCUCCAAAAGUUCUCCCCCCAAAGAAAAGCAUCCAGCAUCACCCAUGGAUGACAUCGAGAGAGAGUUGAUGGCAGAGGCGCGGGUCAUGGACCAGAUGAGCAGCGACAGCUCCUCAGACUCCAACAGCUCCUCGUCCUCCAGCAGCGAGGACAGCUCCAGCAGCAGCGACUCUGAAGAUGAACGCACUUCUGCGCCGCAUCUGGCCCCGGCAAACCACAGUAUGCCUAUCCUCAACACCAGCAGCACACACAGCCGCCCCCAGGAGAGCGGAGGAGGACUCAUGAACACACUCAAGAAUGACCUCCAGCUGAGUGAAUCAGGCAGUGAAAGUGACUGAUCAACAUGAGGACAUCUGCCCACCUGUGGACAUCAGGGAGGUUUUCAGUGUGGAGUAAAGGAGCCCGGGGCAGACCUGUCAGUGUCUUGCUUCCUUUUUUUUUUUAUGUGGAACUGUCUUCUCUACAUAUCCACAAUUCUGCUAGCAAACAUAAUUUGUUUCUUCUGUGCCAAAAAAAACCUUCAAAUUUAAUAUCACCUUUGCUGCUUCUUGAUUAGUUCUAUUGUUUUGUGCAAAGAGUAUGUAUUUAUAUAAGUAUGUGAAAGUGAUGCCUUAGUUCAGAGAGACGCUGUGUGGUCGGUAUGAGAGAAGCAGUACAUUUUCAGAAACUUACUGUAAUGUUUCAUCUCACUGGAUGCAGAUGUGUGGUUAAACUGACCAAGCAUAUCAGAGGCAGGAUGACGGUGGUGUUCAUAUAGUGUAGAUGGAUGUUUCUGCCCAUUGAUCUCAAGUCUUAAACCACCACUGGAGUUUCUGCAUUUCAGCUCAGCAACAUUUGGAACUUAUGUCGUGUCUUAGGUCAGAUGUCGGCUGAUAGCUUCAGUUCAUUUUCAGCUGAAUUAAUUUUUGCAAUUUGUGCCGGGAGACAUCAAUUGAUCGUAACUGAAAUGAUUUAAAAAAAAAAAAAAAAAAAAAAAAAAAAAAGUUGGAUGAGCCAGACUGAAAUGACAGUCUUCUGCUUUUGUCUUAUAGAGUUAUUGUUAUGUUAGCUGUAUAGCGUUCUGCUUUGGAUUACUGAGACGCAGCCGCCGGACAACAAAAUCUUUUGAUUGAAAGCUGCAUUCAUUCAUUUAAUAAUAUCGACAUUAUCACCUUUAUGGCUGCAAAACAAGUCGCCUUUUCACACCUGCAAACACACAAGUGUGUAGGAGAUCACAUAAACUUGUUAGGAAACAAUCGGCUAUCUACACAUCCAGCUGUCAUGGAGCAACAUCAGCAUCCUAAUGAAUGUAAGUGACUCUCCUUUUAGCUCUGGUUUGGUCUCCACUAACUGAGAAAAAUAUCUGGUUCUUUAGUCGUUAAAGUCUGGACUGUGUAGCUAAUCGUUAACUUUGCCCGUCUGCCUCUUGGAGCAGGACAUGGAGUGUACAGUGGGUUUAUGCCUGCUGCAGCUGGAGAUGAAACUGGUGAGAGCGCGCCAGUGAACCAAACAGUAAAGUUUCAGGCUGGAAAACCAAAAACAACAAGCUAAAAAAAAAUAUCCUAAAACGCUCUGUUGAGCUGAUGGGAAUUGCAGACUCCGAUGAUAACGCUCUGUGGGUUUGUCACUAUGAGCGACACUUUCAUAUCACACUUAAUUAUUUGAUCCAUGGUUAACAUAGAAAUAUUGAAUAUUACAGUUUUAAGAAUGGAGACGUCUCUUUAACCUUUUGUUUAUCGUGAUAUUUCGUUAUGUGAGUGGGUGUGAUUUCUGGCAAAGUAGUGCACUAGUACUCAGUUGACUCAGCAAGGGUCCUGCUUUGUAGCUUUGAACCUGCAAUACUUGAAUCAAAUUAAUUAUUUAUAUUUCAAAAUAUACUCGACCAACGGUGAACUGCUUAAUAUAUUUUAUAUAUUUUAAUAGUCAAGCAAUUGGAAGUGCAAGUUAGUAUGAACUGUAUUGCAUAACAAGCCAGAUGCUUUGAUACUGCACCUCAAUGUGAGUCUUAUAGAACUUCAUGUGCCUUGAGUUAUUUGGCCAGUUAUAACACGAGGCCUUCUUGUUUUGUUACAAGCUCCAUAGCUGAGCGGUCUCAGUGUACAGGAAGCUGCUGUUUAUGUUUCAGCAUGUCUCUGGCAUCCUUGCUGACUGAGAGAGAGAGAGAGAGAGAGAGAGAGAGACUGAGAUAGAGAUCAGUUUAAGAAUUCUAUCAUAUGUUUAGCCUUAAAGAGAAUGGUGAUUUCAGUGCAUCAUUUGUAAACUAUGCAAGAGUCAUUUCUUUGUAGAAAAAUAAAGAUUUUAAUUGUU